AUGAAGUUUUCUCUGGUUCUCCUUUUUGUUUCAUCUCUCUUCCUGCAUGGAACCUUCGGUGUGAUUAUAUGCGAGGAUUUGACGAAGGACAAUUGCUCCUUCGCGAUCUCCUCGUCUGGAAAGCGAUGCGUGUUGGAGGAUUUCGAGGAUAAGAAAGGGAAAGUGGAGUUUCAAUGCCGGACGUCAGAAGUCAUGGUGGAGAUCAUGGCGGACUACAUUGAGAGUGACGAGUGUGUUAGGGCUUGCGGCGUUAAUAGAAACACGACAGGUAUUUCUUCGGAUGUAUUGCUUGAUAAAAAGGCAAUCGUCACUCUCUGCUCACCGCCGUGUUAUCAAAUGUGCCCUAACGUCAUUGAUCUACACUCCAAUUUGGCCGUUGGUGAAGGGGUAUCAUUGCCAGAUCUUUGUGAACAACAACGUAACCAUCCUGAUUGUGCCAUGAUCGAGCUUCUAAGCUCCAGUUUUGUCGCGGAUGGUCCGACAGGCAGUGCAAAUCAUCGCCGCGCGGCCCCAGCCCCAGCCCCAUCGUUCUAGUAAUUUUGUUUGUUGUGUUGAUUGUUUGAAAUUUUGGUGUAGAGCAUCUGGCGGAAUAAUUAGCAAACUAGAGAACGUAGAUAGAAAAAUAUUUUCUAUGAUCAUAUGAUAUUUUUGUAAUGCAUGUUCGGACUUGUUAUUCUUUUUCCCCUUCUACGAUGAGCAAAUUUUAGAUUUCAA